GCCGCCAGGUGACAGCUAAUGGCGGCGGCCUCCUGACGCGAGUGGCCCGGCGGCGGAGCAGGGCGGCAGGGGGCGCAUCGCGGAGCCGGGCCGGCGGCCGCUACACUCUGCACUCCGGACUGCGGUUCACCGGAGGCACCCGGCUUGAAGCGUCAUGGACAGGCCGGUGGCGGCGGCAGCCGCGGCGGCGGCGAGCUGCGAGAGCGCUGGGGGCCCGGGUCCAGGGCCGGCAACGGGCUGGAGAUCCUCUCGGGUUGUGGGGGGCGCUUCGGCCGGCUCCCGGCAGCCCAGCAUGGAGACCCUAGACAGCCCUACAGGAUCACAUGUUGAAUGGUGUAAACAGCUUAUAGCUGCUACAAUUUCUAGUCAGAUUUCAGGUUCAGUGACAUCAGAAAAUGUGUCCAGAGAUUACAAGGUUUUCAGGAGGCCUGAUACCAGGAAUAUUCAUAAAGCAAGACAAAGAUUGGCUUUACGGGAUGGAAAUAAACUGGCACAGAUGGAAGAAGCUCCACUUUUUCCAGGAGAAUCAAUUAAGGCCAUUGUGAAAGAUGUCAUGUAUAUCUGCCCAUUUAUGGGAGCAGUGAGUGGGACCCUGACAGUGACGGAUUUUAAAAUGUACUUCAAAAACGUAGAAAGGGACCCACAUUUCAUCCUUGAUGUUCCCCUUGGAGUGAUCAGCAGAGUUGAGAAGAUUGGUGCCCAGAGCCAUGGGGAUAAUUCUUGUGGUAUAGAGAUCGUGUGCAAGGAUAUGAGAAACCUGAGACUUGCAUAUAAGCAGGAGGAACAACGAAAACUUGGGAUAUUUGAAAACCUCAACAAGCAUGCUUUUCCUCUUUCUAAUGGGCAGGUGCUAUUUGCAUUCAACUAUAAAGAAAAGUUUCCAGUUAAUGGCUGGAAAGUUUAUGAUCCAGUAUCUGAAUAUAAGAGACAGGGCUUGCCAAAUGAGAGUUGGAAAAUAUCCAAAAUAAACAGUAAUUAUGAAUUCUGCGAUACCUACCCUGCCAUCAUUGUUGUGCCAACUAGUGUAAAAGAUGAUGACCUUUCAAAAGUGGCAGCCUUUCGAGCAAAAGGCAGAGUCCCUGUGUUAUCAUGGAUUCACCCAGAAAGUCAGGCAACGAUUACACGUUGCAGCCAGCCACUGGUGGGUCCCAAUGAUAAACGCUGCAAAGAAGAUGAAAAAUACCUACAGACAAUAAUGGAUGCUAACGCACAGUCACAUAAACUCAUCAUCUUUGAUGCCCGACAAAACAGCGUUGCUGAUACCAACAAGGCAAAGGGUGGAGGAUAUGAAAGUGAAAGUGCUUACCCCAAUGCAGAACUCGUGUUUUUGGAGAUCCAUAAUAUUCAUGUGAUGAGGGAGUCACUUCGUAAAUUAAAGGAGAUCGUGUACCCUUCCAUUGAUGAGUCACGGUGGCUAUCCAGUGUGGAUGGGACACAUUGGCUGGAAUAUAUAAGGGUGCUGCUUGCUGGGGCAGUACGAAUUGCUGAUAAAAUAGAAUCUGGGAAAACUUCCGUGGUGAUCCACUGCAGCGAUGGCUGGGACCGAACAUCCCAGCUCACAUCUCUGGCAAUGCUGAUGUUGGACAGUUAUUACCGGACUAUUAAAGGAUUUGAGGCUCUCAUAGAAAAGGAGUGGAUAAGCUUUGGACACAGGUUUGCACUGAGAGUGGGCCAUGGUGAUGACAACCAUGCAGAUGCUGACCGAUCACCUAUAUUUCUUCAGUUUAUUGAUUGUGUUUGGCAGAUGACAAGACAGUUUCCUUCAGCAUUUGAAUUUAAUGAAUUAUUCUUGAUUACAAUUUUGGAUCACCUCUAUAGCUGUCUUUUUGGAACCUUUUUGUGCAACUGUGAACAACAGCGCAUCAAAGAGGAUAUAUAUACAAAGACUAUAUCUUUAUGGUCUUAUAUUAAUAGCCAGCUAGAUGAAUUUUCAAAUCCCUUCUUUGUGAAUUAUGAGAACCAUGUGUUAUAUCCUGUUGCUAGUAUGAGUCACUUGGAAUUGUGGGUAAAUUAUUAUGUACGAUGGAAUCCACGGAUGAGACCACAGAUGCCGAUUCACCAGAAUCUCAAGGAGCUGCUGGCUGUCAAGGCUGAGCUGCAGAAGCGUGUGGAAGAUCUGCAGCGGGAGGUGGCCACACGAGCCAUCUCAGCUUCUGAGAGAGGCUCCUCGCCUACCCACUCAGUCACUCCUGUCCACACCUCAGUCUGAUGAACAAGGCCAGUGUCCUGGGCCAACCAUCCUUCUGCUCUACUGUCUUCCAGAAGCUCAGGGACCUGGCCAAUGAUUUUAUGGUUCUAGCUUGUCAUCUUAGGAUUAGGUCCAGAAACCAUUUGUGUGGCUAGGUGACAGCUCCUAUUAAUAAGUUCUUUUAUGUGAACAGCCUGUGACUUUCUUGAGGGCAGUCUCACAGAGGCAUAAGAUGUGACACCCACCCUGUGAGCUACCUUGUCUUGUACAGGUAGCUUGGGAAAAGCUAGAUUGAAUACAGUGUGGUAUUUCAGCUUAAGAGAAUCUCCUACUACUUCUUUCCAAGUUAAGUCCUUUGUUAGGAACAACCUGUUCACAUAUAGAACGCACCACAAGCCAUGUGGCUUCUCUCAGCCUUUCAGCACAAUUUGAAAACUGGUUCUAAAUGAAAUGCUAGUGUGGCAAAUGGACCACUGCCACUUGUUCUACAGUUAUCUUCACGCAAGAAGUCCUGUACAAUUGGUACAAUAUGUACUACUGUGUACAUACAAGGUAUUUUUUAAAGAGAAACAUGCCUUUAUUUUCCUAUGUCCUUUUUUAUGUUUAGAAUAGUUGUCUCAGGAGUCAUCUGCUGAACUGUGCUGUAUGAGAAAUUCUUGCCCAACAGAGUUUAUGUUGACUUUUGUGUGGUACGUUUGAAUUAAGAUUUCAGAUAUGUCAUCUCAGUGACAAUGUAGUAUUGUUCUAACUCUGGGACUUGCCUUUUGAGGCGGCACAACCCAUUCAUUCACUGAUGAGGUAACAGAGAAUUAUGAAUGCUCAGUCCUCUGGCCUUGUUGCAGGUAAGCUGAGGGCUCAAGCAGCAUUGUGUGUGUGUGUGUGUGUGUGUGUGUGUGUGUGUGUGUGUGUGUGUGUGUGUUGACGGCUCUCUAAAGGAUCAAGUCUUGGGAAUUGUUCUGGCCAUUGAACCCUGCAUCCUACCACCUGUUAAGAUGUCCAGCAGCCGUGUCAGAGCAAGUCUGCUUUCCCUGCUAUAUACUGGGACACCACGUCUCCAUUUAUCACAGUCCCUUCUCAGUUUACCUAAUAGCUGCCUGUCCAUUCUUUAAAGCAACCAAUGUGUUGCAGCUUUGGUUUGGAAAGCAUAGCAUGCUCUUCCUUCCUUGCUUUUCCUUUCUCGGAGCCACCCUUGGCUAUCCAGGCCUCACUCCGCAGUAAACAAAUGAGCUCUGCUACUCCAGCAGUCCUUCUAGGAAUGAAUUUCCCAUCAGUUCCUCUGUGUGCAGUGCCAGCAUCCCCACCCCCACUGACAUGCCUAGUUUUGCAUGUCACUAGAUCCUUCAGAGUUGGAGAUGCGUUCGAAGCUGACAGAGUUGGCCCCUGAGCAGAGAUGCAUCACAUCUUCCUCUGCUCAGCGUCAACUCACUGGAUGCCAUGCAGUUCUACAUGUUGACCUCAGUUUUCAAAACAUAUUCGUAAAGGGUUUUCUACAGCUGAAUACAUAAAAAGUAGAUGAUUUUUCAACUUGGAACAUUCUGAUUCUUACAGAAAACUAUCCAAUCAUAAGAUAACUAGAGACAUUUAUUCAAAGUUUGAUAAGCUAACAUCAAGUCUCCAUUUUUAUCAUCUAGGGGAUUUGUUUCUAAACUAUAGUUUGUCAUAUAAGUUUUGAUUUAUUCUCCUCAUAUAUACAACACCUUAUUUGUAAAUGGAUAAACUGCCAUGCCUGAGGUAGGACUGCCAUGAGUUCAGGGCCAGCUUUAACUGUAUAUUGAGUUCUGGACCAGCUGGGCUAUAUUGUGGAACCCUCUCUCAAAGUCAAUACCAAAAACAAAAUAACACAAACUACAAUAUUUUUCCUUCAUAUAAUUUUUAAAACUGGGAACAUUUUCCUUAGAAAUACUGUGUAAUUCCCCAGCAACAACAGGACUACUAAACAGGGUGGGCUGGAUGAUGCUUUGACAGAACCAGAGAAGCAAUAGGGACCACUUCUUGGUGGUCAGCCACCCUGGCACAGAUUAGGAUCUGUCCCCUGGUCAGGCUACGUCCUUCCCCCAGCUGUGUGCCUAUAGCACCCCACGGAAUCUCCAUUGGAUUUUAAAGCACAACAGAGUAUUUCCCUUUGUAUGUUUCUAGCACAGAACUGUUUCUAAAACAACUUGACGUGUAGUUUUCUUAUAGAAACAAUUAUUUCAUGUUUGUUUUACUUAAGUACUAGAAUGUAAAACCUUUAAGGUUCAGAUUUUUAAACAACUAGUAUAAUAUCUUAUUUGCCUCAUCUGCUGCACUGUAUCCCAACCUGUAAUUAAAAUUAUAAUAUGUUUG